UCAACAACAACAGCAACAACAACAACAAACGAGGGAGCAGCCUUGAUCUUGGAACUUGAGCAGCGUAUUCCACGCCUUCAGCCCGUCAUUGACACCUCCGAAAGACCAGGGAUAACCCUUCAUUACCUCACGCCUGCUUACACUGUACUUCUUCACCCAUCACGAUGUCAACCGCAGUUUCCCAACCUUCUCAAACCACCCCUUCGACAGCUGCCCUACAACCCUCGAGCUCCAGCAUUAAGCGCCUGUCAAUGAUCUCCAAAGGAUCCACUGAUGGCGGCGCAUCCAAGUCAAAAGUUCAAGCUCCAGCAUUACCGACCGCCAUCUCUGGCGGAUCCGUGAAGGACGUUGUGAGCCCAGGAGAGUUGUGUGGUUUCGUGGAUACUCUAUUGAACUCUCUCGAAGCUCGAUUCGACGAAAUGAGCGAGCAGAUCUUAGGCCGAAUGAAUGAAAUGUCGAAUAGGAUAGACAACAUGGAGAACACCAUUCAAGACCUUUUGCAAACGGGUAUCGAGUCAGGUCCGAGUCCGAGCCCAUCGCCAGCGCCGAAGAGAUGAUGGUCUGCGAGAAGAGUCUACAAGACGUCUCCGAGCUAGGCCUACAGGACGUGAUUUGACGAUGCUGGACCGACGCGUAGCCGGUUGUACAUAUUCUACCAUGAAGACGCCAUGACACGAGGUGAGGGGAUUUGGUACAUGCACAGAGAUAUCACAGGUGCAUCAGUCUACUUCUCAGCCGCUGCCUAGAUGAACGCGGAUCACUAUCCAGUGGGCUUUUCUUCUUGGCUGCUUGACAAUGAGGUUUCUGUCUGCCUGGGUCGGACGAGCAACCCUUCUGUAACGAUGACUGCGACGUACCGAGCUUGAGCCCCGGGCACAGGCAUAAGAGGCCC